AAACUUUAAAAAAAGUCAGGAUAAUCUUGAAACAUGGAUAAAAAUAAACAUAAAAAGACGGAUAUUGAAAAAGAAGCAAGUAUGCUUAUGAGACGCUGCAAAGCUAACGACAAGCACAGAAUCAAAGCACCGACAUUGGAAGAAAUUAUCGCAACACAACUCACUGAUGAACUGAUGGAUCAAUUUAACAUAAACAAGCAAAAACGGGAAAAACUGAAGGAAUUUCAAUCAGAAUUUACUAAGAAGACUAAACUGAAAGAGUUCAAAACCCGACUAGUCCCUCUAUACCCCGAAGUCCCUACGAAGAACGAUUGUCACAAGAAGAUAAGAUAUUAUUCAGAGCUUUGUCCGUAUUCAGAUAUGACAGCUAUACUUGAAUCGGCUUUGAGAAACAGAGUCAGAGCCAGAGGUUUGGAACUUAAGUAUCCUAGCAUCAUAGAUAACAUCGUGGCCAGCGCCAAAGAGGAGUUUUUUGAAGUUACGCAUAACGCGGGGGUGAACUUGAAGACGAAACCGAUGAACAUCGAGGAAUAUAACAGAACGAAAAUAGAACCGUACAAAUACCUGGGCAGAUCGGACCGAUACCAAGUCUACUUGUGGACCAAGAACGAAUUUCAAUUGCGAUUUAUGCUACAUUUGCCUUUAGUCCAAAGGAUUUUCAAGGAUUGUAUUACCGUGCUACCUCAGACUUUAUUUAAUAUCAGUACAUUGAGGAGCAAACCGUACGAUAUUAAAGACCUGGACGAUAUUUUUAACCGGUAUAUAAGCGAUGCGGAGGUUAUUUUGAAGAGAUUCUACUACAAAAUUGUUGAAAUGGUAGAGGUGGACGACACCAAAUUAGAGCCGUACCUAUACAAAAGAAUGUUGAAAGUGUGUACUGGCAUUUUGGCGAAAUACUUCAGCAUAGCGAUCAUGAACACGAUGGAGCACAUCCGUGAAGUCACUGGCAAUGAUAGCUUGAUCCCUUAUAUAAAAUUAUCGCUAAAGUACAGCGAAACAUUGGUUCUAUUUCCUAAUGAUAAUGACGUCAUACUCAUCUACUCUAUGUUUGUGUCAAAACUGGUGGACAUUGGAAGAACAUUUCUCGUUUUGGAGACGGUGCGAAUAAGGGACUAUCCAUCCAAAACCAUCCGUCUGAAUGUUACAGAUGAGUAUUUCAAUGAUAUUCUAGAAGUAAUUGGAGAGAAUAUCAUGAAUAUGUUCAUUCCAGUUAAUGAGUACAUGAGCAAGCUAGAAGAGGACUUCCAGGAAAUAUUUCGGAGGUUCACUAAAGUCGAUGAGACCAACGCAUUUAAGACAGGUUUGAGUCAGAUAAAACAUUACCAGAAUUACAUGAACAAGGUCGGAUCUAUGUUAAGCAGCGAAUACUUUGGCAUAGGACAAUUGGUCCUCUCAGAAUACGUUCAGUCCAUGCGAGAGUCCCUCUCUGAAGUAAUAGAAGACCUGUUUUUAAAACUGUGCACGCUGCACGAGGAAGAGAACGAGGAUAUUUGCGACUGUUUUGAAGCUAUAAAAGCUGAAGCUUUGAGAAGACCAGCUACAAGCGAAGAACUGAUUGCUCAAGGAAAAUAUAUGAUAUGGGUGAAGACAGUCCAUUUGAUCGAGCUACGAGAAAGAAUUCAAGCUAUGCUGUACAACUUGACAGAUCUCAUACUAUACGGUACGUUAGAGAAAGAGCACAUGGAGCUGAAUGCGAAGACGGUGAACUGGUUGACCGAAAUCGAACCGAUCUUGAACAUAAACUCCAGUAUGUACGAGCAGCUCAAGUUUGAGUCAGAAGAGAAGCUAACGAGCACGAUCACUUACGUGAAUACGUCAAUUGACACCUUGAUUCCGUUGCUCGGAGUCUUGAAUGAAAUGGACGACUAUGAAAGGUGUAGGGAAUACGUGAACGCCAUAAAGCUCCACAUGGUCCAAAUGCGAGAUUUGCGUCAGAAGAUCACAUGGAUCAACAAGGAACAACUUUGCCUGGGUUUCAACGUGUCGCCGUUCAAAAACGUCGAGGAGGUCCAGAAUUUCGUGUAUCCUUUUUUCCAUUUGCUGAAAAUUUGCAUGAACAUCAAGAGGCACAUCGACGUGUGGCUGGAUGGGCAAUUUGAGUUUUUGACCUACGAGGAGACUGAAGAGCAGGUUGAGGAGUAUAUGAAGGAGUUAUUGAAGAUACAAAAGACCUAUCGGAUCAAACUGAGACAAGCGCAAGCCGAGAACACAUCAAUCCGUUUCUUCGGCGUCGUGGACGAUCCGGAUCUGUACAGUUGGCCAGCACCAUUGAAACUGGCCGCAAACGCCAUCCAAGCUUUGAAAGACUUCCGACCGGCCAUGACCAUAAUGCGCAUCAUGUGCAACGAUGCCCUGGUGAAGCGUCACUGGAAGGAGAUGUCCGCCAUUGCUGGAUUUGAACUAGCUCCGAACGCCGGAUCGUCGCUAAGGAAAUACACCCGAAUGGGUUUGGAACCUGACUUGGAAAAAUAUGACGUAAUAAGUUCGGCGGCCACUAAAGAACGUGAGCUGUUCAGGAACUUGACAAAGAUGCAAAACGAAUGGGCCGAUAUAUUGUUCAAGACAGGGACGUUCAAAGAUACUGGCAUUGUUAUUUUGACAGCCCUUGAUGAUAUCCAGGUGGUUUUGGACGACCACAUCUUGAAAGCGCUUACCAUGAGAGGCUCCAUUUUUGUGAAACCGUACGAAAUGGAGGUCAGAGCAUUUUACGACAGGCUAGUUAGGAUCAACAAGACGAUAGAUGAAUGGGGAAAAGUCCAGAGUCAGUGGUUGUAUUUACUGCCAAUUUUUUCGUCUAAAGAUAUUGUGGCUCAGAUGCCUGAAGAAGGUACACUUUUCAAAGAGGUGAAUGAUACGUAUAAGCGAUACAUAGACGUAGUGGUCAGAGAUGCGAGGGUAUUUGAAACAGCUGGAUCUCCUGGUGUGCUCGAGGCGAUGGAGCACUGUAAUGAACUACUCGAAAAGAUCAACGACGGUGUGACGAGCUAUUUAGAAAAGAAACGGCUCUUUUUCCCAAGGUUCUUCUUCCUUUCAAACGACGAAAUGCUGGAAAUACUCUCGGAAACGAAGGAUCCCUUGCGAGUACAGCCGCAUUUGAAAAAAUGCUUCGAGGCAAUAAACAGAUUGGAAUUCAAUGAGAAUUUGGAAAUUUUGGCAAUGUUCAGCAUGGAAAAUGAAAAGGUCAAUUUAAAGGCGAAAGUAAACACGAAAGAUGCUGGUGGAAGCGUAGAAAAAUGGCUGGUGCAAGUGGAGGACCAAAUGGUUGUAUCGGUCAAAGACCAAAUUUUGAAAAGCUUCAAGAGUUACUUUGUGUUACCUAGAACAACUUGGGUGCAGAAAUGGCCUGGACAGGUGGUACUUUGUGUAUCGCAAAUGCAUUGGACAUACGAUGUGCACAGAGCUCUCAAUAACGAAGAUCUGACGGUUUCUAGAUUAGUCGAAAUGCUUCGAGUGCAACUGCAGGAGAUAGUAGAUGUGGUGAGAAGUCCCGCAAUUUCAAAUUUAGCGCGAAUCACGAUAAAAGCGCUGAUCGUGAUCGACGUUCAUGCCAAAGACGUCGUCGAAGAUCUUUACUCGAAAAAAGUGUCCAACGACAAAGAGUUCAAGUGGCAGUCGCAGAUGCGGUACUAUCUCGAAGACGACGAGGCUCUCGUCAGGCUCGUCAAUGCUACGGUCAAGUACGCCUAUGAAUACUUAGGUAAUUCUGACCGUUUGGUGAUCACCCCGUUGACGGAUCGGUGCUAUCGCACCCUGAUCGGAGCGUAUCAUCUGCAUCUGAACGGAGCUCCCGAAGGUCCAGCGGGCACCGGGAAAACGGAGACCACCAAGGAUCUGGCGAAGGCGAUCGCCGUACAAUGUGUCGUCUUCAACUGCUCUGAUGGUCUCGAUUACAAAGCGAUGGGGAAAUUCUUCAAAGGGUUGGCCUCUUGCGGAGCAUGGGUGUGCUUUGACGAGUUCAACAGGAUCGACAUAGAGGUACUUUCCGUUGUUGCGCAACAAAUCCUGUCCAUCGUGAUGGCCGUAAGGGCGCACGCAACAAAAUUCAACUUCGAAGGCACCGAGAUCACCUUGAAUCCGGCAUGCUACGUUUGUAUCACCAUGAAUCCAGGUUACGCUGGACGAUCGGAGCUGCCGGAUAAUCUCAAGGUACUCUUCCGCACAGUGGCAAUGAUGGUGCCAGACUACGCCAUGAUCGGAGAAAUCUCGCUGUAUUCGUACGGGUUCAAAGACGCUCGAAAUCUUUCCGUGAAGAUCGUCACCGUAUACAGACUUUGCUCCGAACAGCUGUCUUCUCAAAACCACUACGAUUAUGGUAACCGAAUACUUGAAUCAUCUACCGUCUGAGACUUAUCCUGUAUGAGAGCAGUCAAGUCUGUAUUGUCAGCUAGCGGCAACAACAAGAAGAAAUAUCCCGAUGAGGAUGAAGACAUCUUACUAUUACGAGCCAUUCUGGACGUGAACCUGCCGAAAUUCUUAAAUCACGAUCUUCCUCUUUUUGAUGGCAUAAUCAAUGAUCUCUUCCCUGGAGUGAUAUUGCCGAAGGCGGAUUAUACCGUUUUCACAGAAGCGAUGGUUUCCUGCAGCGCGGAACGUAAUUUGCAACCAAAAGAAUCGUUUCUGGUUAAGGUGAUCCAAACGUAUGAGAUGAUGAUAGUUCGCCACGGUUUCAUGUUGGUAGGAUAUCCUUUUGCGGGCAAGACUUCGACGUUAAAAGUACUGGCCGAUACUCUAACAGUGUUGAACAAACAAGGAUCAGGAGAAGAAAAAGUGCAGACACUUACGCUAAAUCCCAAAGCCAUUACAAUGGGUCAACUGUACGGCCAGUUCGACCCGAUAUCGUACGAAUGGUUCGACGGAGUUGUGGCCACCGGUUUCCGGAACUUCGCGGUCGAUCCGUGCCCCGACCGAAAAUGGAUCAUUUUUGACGGUCCCGUCGACGCAGUCUGGAUCGAGAACAUGAACAGCGUACUGGACGACAACAAAAAACUCUGCUUGAUGUCCGGCGAGGUCAUGUCUAUGACGAACUCCAUGUCGCUCAUCUUUGAAGUUAUGGAUCUUGAACAGGCUUCCCCUGCGACGGUAUCUCGUUGUGGCAUGAUUUACAUGGAGCCCGUCACUUUGGGCUGGCAGCCGCUGCUCGAGUCCUGGUUGCCCAGCCUGAGCGAAGAAUGGUGCGGUGAAGGUAGGGUCGACUUUGUCGUGGACAUGUUCAACUGGAUCGUGCCUCCAUGUUUGACGUUUAUCAGGAAGCAUUGCGUCGUGUAUUGCAAUCCCGGAGAAAUCAGCCUGGUCAGAACUAUGAUGAUGAUGGUGCAAAUGUUGUUGGACGAUGCGACAGGUGGAAGUGUCAAGAAGGAAGAAGAGUCAAAGUAUCUGGACGUAUGGAUCCAGGCGACAUUCAUACAAGCAGGAGUGUGGGGUCUCGGAGCAAUCCUCGACACAGAAUCCCGAGCGAAAUUCGACGAAUACUACAAGCAACUGUGGAAAGGAAUGUUGGAAGAUCAUCCGUAUCCAGGAAGCAUGGAAAAAAUGGAAGUGCCCAUCCCAACAGAGGGUCUGCUUAUCGAUUAUUCGUACAACUACAGAAUGAAAGGCAACUGGAAAUAUUGGCCGGAUGUGGUCAAAAAUGAAAGAGUGGAUGAGUGCAAAAAUAUAUUGCAAGCCUUGAUACCUACUGCAGAUACAGCGAGGUAUAUGCAACUGAUCGAUAUGCACAUUCGUUACCAAAACCCGCUGCUGUUGAUGGGUCCGACGGGCACUGGAAAGAGCUUCUACAUCCAGGACAUACUCAUGAACCGACUCAAUAAAGAAAAAUACGAACCGUCCUUCAUUACCUUCACCGUGAAAGUAACAGCCAACCAGACGCAGGACUUGGUCAUAUCCAAGUUGAACAAAAGGAAACGAGGUCACUACGGACCUCAGAAGGGCAAGGUGGCAGUUUUAUUCAUCGACGACGUCAACAUGCCAGCGAAAGAGAUGUACGGAGCCCAACCGCCCAUCGAGCUGUUGAGGCAAUACUUUGACCACAAGAACUGGUACGACCUCAAAUCGACGGAUCCGAUAUACCUACACGAGGUGUUAUUUUUGGGAGCGAUGGGUCUGGUCGGAGGCAGUCGGCAGGAGGUCUAUCCUCGCUUCUUGAGGCACUUCAAUAUUUUCUCUAUCAACGAGUUCUCGGUGGAAAGCAUGGCCAAGAUAUUCAGCAACAUCCUGCAUUUGGGAUGGAAGAACAACGGGUUCCCAUCGGAGAUCAUUUCCGUUGUAACGCAAACCGUCAGCGCCAGCUUGGAGAUAUACAAAUCGGCCAUGGAAAAUCUCAGGCCGACUCCGUCCAAGAGCCAUUAUGUCUUCAAUUUGAGGGACUUCAUGAGAUUAAUUCAGGGAUGUACAAUGUUACGAAAGGAGUCGGCUGAAAGUAAGAAAACGUUUGUAAAAAUAUGGGUGCACGAGGUUCUCAGAGUAUUCUACGACAGGUUGAUAGAAGAAAAGGACAAGGACUGGUUGUUUGAUAAAAUGAAGACGGUUACAAAGGAUAAUUUUAGAGAGUACUUUGAGCAAGUAUUCGAUAAUUUUCCAAAGAACCAAGAUGGUUUGAUCGAAAGAGACCAAAUGAAAAACCUGAUGUUCGGCACAUACUUCGACCAAGACUCUGAAGAAGACCAACGCCGUUACGAACAAGUGAUCAGCAAGGAACAGCUUUACGAAACGGCCAACAAUUGCCUAACAGAGUACAAUUCCACGCACAAAACUAAAAUGGAUAUAAUGCUGUUCGAUUAUGCCCUAGAACAUCUGUCCAAGAUAUGCAGAGUGCUGUCCAUGACUUGCGGAAGCGCUCUUCUGGUCGGCAUAAGCGGUUCGGGUAGACAAUCCCUAACUCGACUGGCAGGCGAAAUAUACGGUCAAAAACUUUUCCAACCAGAGAUCACAAACAAUUACUCGAUCAACGAUUGGAGAGACGACAUCAAGAAGAUUCUGAAAGAAGCGGGCGGUAGAGGCAGACACACCAUCUUCCUGAUCGCCGAGGGUCAGAUCAAGGAAGAAAGCUAUCUGCAGGACGUCGAUUGUUUGUUGAACGCUGGAGAGGUGCCAAACAUUUACCAGAUCGAUGAGAAGCAGGAGAUUUUAGAUAUGGUCAGACUGGCAGCACAAGGUGGCAACCGAAAUCUAGAUAUAAGCGCACUCGAAGUAUUCUUUUUCUUCACGAAGCGUUGCAAAGAGAAACUGCACAUCGUUCUGUGCUUCAGUCCUGUAGGAUGCAGUUUCACGAACAGAUUACGACUGUACCCGUCGUUGAUCAACUGUUGUACGAUAGACUGGUUCGAAAGUUGGCCAGAAGAGGCGCUCGAAGAAGUCGCUCAUAAGUGGAUGGAGGGAGUAAACCUCUCAGACGAAAUCAAGGGCUAUGCAGUGGUGGCUUGCAAAUACUUCCACGUUGAAGCGAGGAUGAACUCGGAAAAAUUCUUCAAUAGCUUCAACAGAAAGACUUACAUAACUUCCGCGUCAUAUUUGGAAUUAAUAAAGUCGUUUUCUGAAUUAACCAACAUGAAACAGAACGAAAUAAUGGCUGCCAAAAAGAGAUAUCUCGGCGGUUUGGAAAAAUUGUAUCAUGCUUCCGUAAGCAUUGGCGAAAUGCAGGACUCGUUGGCGAAACUACAACCGGAAUUGCAAAAAAUGAGCGCGCAAGCGACACAAAUGAUGAAAGACAUCGAGAGAGAAACGAUCACCGUGGAAAAAACGUCGGCAAGGGUGAAAGAGGACGAGAAAGCGGCGAACAAGCAGGCCGCAAUCGCGCAAGCGUUAAAAAAGGAAUGCGAAGCCGAUUUGAUGGAAGCGAUGCCCGCAUUAAACGAAGCCUUGGCUGCUUUGGACACCUUGAAGCCAUCUGAUAUCGUUUUGGUCAAGUCGAUGAAAAAUCCACCCGACACCGUGAAGCUCGUUAUGGCUGCCGUGUGCAUCAUCAAAGGCAUCAAACCAGAUCGAAUUCCUGACCCUUCGACCGGAAGGAUGACGUUAGAUUAUUGGGGACCGAGCAAGAAACUUCUAGGCGACAUGACCUUCUUACAAGGACUGAAGGAGUUCGACAAGGACAACAUCAAAAUCGACUACAUGCAAAAGCUGAGGAAAGAGUACAUUCCGCAUAAAGAUUUCAAGCCGAACAUCGUGGCCAAAGCUUCGAGCGCCGCAGAGGGACUUUGCAAAUGGAUCAUCGCGAUGGACAUGUACGACAAAGUGAACAGGGUUGUUGCGCCGAAAAAGGCCGCGCUGCAGAAAGCGCAAAACGAACUCGCGCAGACUGAACAGUUGCUCGACGAAAAGCGAGCGGUUGUGGCGAAACUGGAAGCGCAGUUGGCGCAGUUGAACGAACGAUUAUCGGACGCCGUUCAGAAGCAGUCUGAUCUUCAGGACGCCGUCGAUCUUUGCAAUAACAAAUUGAUCAGAGCUCAGAAACUGAUCGGCGGUUUGGGCGGAGAAAAAAACCGAUGGACCGCGGCUGCGGAAGCGUUGCAGAUCCAGUAUGACGGCCUGGCUGGAGACAUCCUCCUUUCGUGCGGGAUCAUUUCGUACUUGUCGCCUUUCAAUAGCCUUUAUAGGCAGACGAUCACCGCAGAUUGGCACAAAUACGUGAAGAACCUGGAGAUACCCGGCGCGGAUCAUUUCGAAAUGGUCAACUCGCUGGGAUCGGAUGUUAAGAUACAAAACUGGUACAUCAGCGGUUUGCCCAGGGACUCGUUCUCUACUGAUAAUGGGAUCAUCAUGGAUAACUCCAAGAGGUGGUCGCUCUUCAUUGAUCCUCAAUGUCAAGCAAGCAACUGGAUCAAAAAAAUGGAGAAGAAAAACAAUCUGGAGAUAGUAAAAUUCUCCUACUCAGACUACAUGAAGAAAAUCGAGAUUUGCGUCCAACAAGGAUAUCCGGUAUUGCUAGAAAGUGUUGGUGAAGAAUUGGAAGCACCGUUGGACCCUCUCCUGUUCAAAAAAACCUUCAAGCAGGCAGGCAUGGAAGUGAUCAGUGUCGGGGAGAAUGUGAUAGAAUAUAACAAGAACUUUAGACUAUAUCUUACGUCGAAAUUGAGGAACCCGCAUUAUUUGCCUGAGGUGUUCAACCGAGUCACCAUCAUCAAUAUGGCGUUGACGUUAGAGGGACUGCAGGACCAACUGCUAGGUAUCGUGGUGGCAGUAGAAAAGCCGGACCUUCAGCAGCUGAAGGAAGACUUGAUCGUCCAGAAGGCAGAAAAUAAAAAAGCGUUACAAGAAACAGAAGAGAACAUUUUAAAGACUUUGUCCGAAUCGAAAGGAGACAUCCUGGAAGAUGAAUCAGCUAUAAGGAUAUUAGAUGAAUCGAAAGUGUUGUCUAUCGAGAUUAGAGAGAAGCAAGUGAAGUCUUUCGAGAUAGAAAAGUCUAUCGAGGAGUUCAGGAUCAAGUACCAAGGAGUUUCUGAACACUCUGCGGUACUUUAUUAUUGCAUUUCGGAUUUGGCAAAUGUAGAUCCUAUGUACCAAUACUCAUUAGAAUGGUUCAUCAAUUUGUAUAUCAGUUCUAUCCAAAGGGCUGAAAAGUUCAGGAGCAUCGAGAAAAGAUGUCAGAGUCUGAUAAAUGCAUUCACGUACGAUCUUUAUAACAACAUAACGAGAUCCUUGUUCGAGAAAGACAAGUUGUUGUUUUCGUUUCUUUUAUGUUCUAAAAUUAUGAUUUCGCAAAACAAGUUGGAUGAGAAAGAGUUCAUGUUUCUUUUGACUGGUGGUGUGAAUGUGGAGAGCACAGUCGCAAACCCGUGUUCAGAUUGGCUGCCGCUCAGUUCAUGGGAAGAGAUUUGUAGAGCUGAACAGUUGCCGGCAUUCAACGGUUUUGCAAAAAUGUUCAAAAGUCAAGAGAAACAUUGGAAAGAAAUCUACGAUGACUUUGACGACGAUUUUGUAAUGCCUGACCCUUGGAAGGACAAUUUAGUUUCGUUCAGGAGACUGAUCGUAAUACGACUGUUGAGACCUGACAAACUAAUCACGUCCGUGACAUUAUUUGUCACUAACGAAAUGGAUGACAGGUUCAUAAGGCCUCCCCCUUUCAACAUAUCAGUUUCGUACGACGAAUCGUACUCUUUGUGUCCGUUGAUUUUCAUCUUGUCGCCAGGACAAGACCCGAUGGCAGCACUCGUCAGAUUCGCUGAAGAAAAAAAGAUGACAGACAGGUUCAGAUCUAUCUCGUUAGGACAAGGUCAAGGUCCGAUGGCGCAAGCGCUGAUCGACGAAGGUCAAGAUGGUGGUCUAUGGGUAUGUCUCCAGAACUGUCAUCUGGCAACUUCUUGGAUGCCCAGCUUGGAGAAGAUCUUCGAAAAUCUGGACUAUGCCAAUACGCACGAUCAGUUUCGUCUCUGGCUGACUAGUUACCCGUCUGCUAAGUUUCCUGUCACCCUUCUACAGAAAGGAGUAAAGAUGACAAACGAAGCUCCGACUGGUCUGCAAAACAAUCUGUUGAAAUCUUACGUCAGCGACCCGGUGAAGAAUCCGGAAUUUUACGAGGGCUGUCCGGAUCAUGAAGAAAUGUUCGUCAAGCUACUGUACGGUCUGGCAUUCUUUCAUGCUUGCGUACAAGAACGUAGAACGUUUGGACCACUCGGAUGGAAUAUUCCAUACGGAUUUAACGAUUCCGACUUUGACAUUUCCGUUCAGCAAUUGCAAAUGUUCAUCAACGAGAACGACGAUCCUUACGAAGCGCUGUCCUAUUUGAUCGGCGAAUGCAACUACGGGGGUAGAGUGACGGACGAUUGGGAUAGAAGGCUUAUUGUCACCAUUUUGGCGGACUAUUUGAGCCCUACUGUCGUCUCACAGAAGAAUUACACGUUCAGCAAUGCCGGAGAUUGCUACGGACUCCCGGAGAAGAACGAGUAUGCCGUUUAUAUAGCCCACAUUAACGCCUUGCCUGGCGUGCACCCUCCUGAAGUUUUCGGUCUGCACACGAACGCAGGCAUCACCAGGGACCUGCAGAACUCGAAUCAACUCCUGAACUCCGUGCUGAAGGCGUACGGUGAAGUAUCGGCGGGAGGCGCCGCGGGAACGGACAAAUUCAUCACGACUCUUUGCUCAGACAUGGUGUCCAGGCUACCGAAAAAGUUCGAUCUGGAUGUGGCCCACGCGAAGUACCCUGUGGAAUACUCGGAAUCGAUGAACACGGUGCUGGUGCAAGAGAUGGAGAGAUUCAACAAGUUGUUGGGGGUCAUCGCGAGUUCUUUGGUCAAUAUGCAGAGAGCUAUACAAGGCUUAAUGGCGAUGUCUCCAGCUCUAGAAGCGUUCGCGGCGUCAUUGCUUCUAGCUAGAAUCCCUUCAAAUUGGGCCAGCGUAUCUUAUCCCAGUCUGAAGAGCUUGCCAAGCUACAUGGCUGACUUUUUGGCUCGCAUACAAUUCUUACAAUCUUGGUUCGACGAGGGAAAACCUGUCAACUACUGGGUGUCCGGAUUCUUCUUCACGCAAGCUUUUUUGACAGGAGUCAAACAAAAUUUUGCGAGAAAGUACGCGAUCCCCAUUGACAAGUUGACGUUUGACUUCGAGAUCAUGAGGCAAGAUCGGAUGAAUGAUGCGCCCGAGGAUGGGACGUACUUGUACGGACUGUUCACAGAUGGCGCCAGGUGGGACCGCGGAAAAGGGAGACUAGCGGAGCUGGUGCCGAAAGUAUUGUACGAUAUCAUGCCUAUAAUAUGGAUCAAGCCCAUCACUUCUGCAGAAUAUAAAGUUGGCGCCCGUUACGUGAGUCCUGUGUAUAAAACUUCCGAACGCAGAGGAACGCUCUCUACCACAGGCCAUUCGACCAAUUACGUACUACCAGUACUGCUCGACACGGACGUCAAGCCUUCUCAUUGGAUCAAAAGGAGCGUAGCACUGCUAUGUCAGCUUAACUGAACUAAUACACUGUAUAUAGGUUUUAAUAAAUGUAUACAAAUAGCAAAA